CUCUAUACAAAUUUAAUGUAUAUGAAUCACAUGCUUUAUCACUCCUCAAAAUAAUGCAACCUCCACUUUCACAAUCUUGCACUCACUUUCUGUCUCUCUCUGCCACUUAUCACCUUCCUCGUAUUCAUUCUCUCUCCACACAGUAACUCAUGCACUCAUUUGUAUAUCCUGUCUCUAUAAUUCAUCACAGGCACAUACAUACAGUCAUCUUAUAUUUAUAGGUGCCAUUGUCAGUGAUAGAAUUUUCUGGUAUGACGAUGCUUCAAAUUCUAGCAGCAGGCGUCUCUAGAAUAUUCUUCAGUAUGUCGGCAGUUAUGUAAAGAUGAAGUGCUCCAGAUUUUUCAGCAUAAUAUGAACCCAGAAAAUUCUAGACAAUUCAAAGUCGGUGGUGACUUCUUCAAUAAAGAGGGGCGAAACUUGUUUUCUUAAUUACGUCUCCAAAAUGCUAUUUAGUGUGCACAUAAGAUUUAUUUUUCAUCCAAGAUAUGAAUGUGCACAUUGUCAUAAAUGUUGGCGAUGGGACUUUUUAGAUGAGGUGGUUUAACAAAAGUAGCAUGAAAGUUAGCACAGGGAUUACCUAGUAUAGAAAGCUCCUACUGCUAUUGGGAUUGAGAAGAACGUAUCUUGCUAUGGGGAGAUUGUUUUUCACAGCUCAAAUGUUGAGACCUUUCUCAAGAAAUAGACAUGAAUGCUCGUGUGCAUGUAAUAUGAUGUUUGUUUUUGACAUUAAACCCGAGUAAUGCAUAUUUCUAUUGUUUCUGUAGCAUGUGCUUCCGUCGUUUUACUUAAGUUGCAGUGAUAUGUUGAGCAAAUGGGAGAAGAUUGUAUCAUCUGAAGGAUCAAGUGAAUUAGAUGUGUUGCCUUAUCUUCAAAUGUUGACAAGCGAUGCAAUUUCUCGUACUGCAUUUGGCAGUAGCUACGAAGAAGGAAGAAAGAUAUUUGAACUUCAAAAAGAACAAGGGCAGCUUGUCAUGCUAGCAAGAAAUUCAGUUUACAUCCCAGGAUGGAGGUUUUUGCCCACAAAAAUAAAUAGAAGGAUGAAGGAAAUUACAAAGGAAGUGGAAUCAUCUGUACUGAGUAUAAUUAAAAAAAGAAUAAAGGCAAUGGAGACAGGGGAAGCUCGUUCUGAUGACUUAUUGGGCAUAUUGUUAGAAUCCAAUUUAAAGGAAAUCCAACGAUAUGGGAGCAAGUUCGGAAUGAAUUUAAGGGAGGUUAUUGAAGAGUGCAAGCUUUUCUACUUUGCUGGGCAAGAGACAACAGCAUCCUUGCUUGUCUGGACACUGAUUUUAUUGAGUAAGCACUUGGAUUGGCAAACCCGUGCACGGGAGGAGGUCUUGCAAGUUUUUGGAAGUGGAAAACCUGAUUUUGAUGAGUUAAAUCGCCUUAAAAUCGUAACGAUGAUUUUUCACGAGGUUCUGAGACUAUACCCACCUGCAAUCUUGCUCAGAAGAAUGAUUCACAAGGAAACCCCAAUAGGAAAGAUGCUUCUACCGGCAGGAGUGCAGCUCUUAAUGCCAGCACUUCUAUUGCACCACGACUGUAAAAUAUGGGGUGAUGAUGCAAAUGAAUUCAACCCGGAAAGGUUCAGUGAAGGAGUUUCAAAGGCGACAAAUGGCCAGCUCUCAUAUUUUCCAUUUGGUUGGGGACCUCGUAUAUGCAUUGGACAGAGCUUUGCUAUGUUGGAAGCAAAGAUUGCUCUAGCUAUGGUCUUACAAGAUUAUUCUUUCGAGCUUUCACCAUCUUAUGCUCAUGCUCCUUAUACGGUCAUUACACUUCAACCUCAAUAUGGCGCACUGUUAAUUCUGCGUAAACUAUGAUUACCGAAAAAGUACAUUUCUUGCAUGUUUUAAUAUAAGGUACAUAGAAACAAAAUUGCAGUGUUCAAUGGUGUGUUUGUUAAUGUAUUGUAUCAUUUUAAUACGAUAUAUUGUUCGAUAUCAACUUCGGAUUUAUCGUCUA